AGGAGGACUUUAAGAGGCUUGGUGAAAGUGUUGGCAUAACACUUAGCAAUAUGGAAAAGCUUUUCCCACCUUCAUUCUUUGAUAUUAUGGUUCACUUGAUUAUUCAUUUAGCCCAUGAAGCUAGCUUGGCUGGUCCAGUACAAUACCGUUGGAUGUAUCCAAUAGAGAGGUUCCUUAAACAACUUAAGGACUACGUGCGCAAUCUUAGUCGGCCAGAGGGAUCAAUAGCAGAAGGAUACAUAGGGGAUGAGUGUUUGACUUUCUACUCUAGAUACUUUGAAGGUGUGGAAACAAGGUCGAAUAGAGCAAUCAGAAAUGCAGGUUCAACAGAACUAGAACAUCCAAUCUCUAUUUUCUCAAGAACAGGUAGGCCUGUAGGGAAGUGUGAGAUAUUACGACUAGACAUUCAAGAAAGGGACCAGGCUCAUCGGUACGUGCUAAAGAACUAUGAUGGAUUAAAUGAAUACCGAAAGUAAGUA